AUGGCUCCUGUUGAGGGUCUGCAGGGGAUCAGAGGCAGCGGAGGGAUGAACGGAGUGGUGAUCAGAGGUUUUGAAAAAGAAGUGGGGACAAAGAUUUCUUUCUACGGAUUCACCACCAACACCAUGAAGAACUCGCUGGGCCGGUACCGCACCGACGGAUUCACCAGAACCCCCCAGAGUCCGAUAAACUAUAUCUUCAUCCCUUCAGACCUCCGAGACUAUGUGAUGAUGGCGGCUGCUGUUCAGGGUCGGGUCGUGGGCUCAGGGAGGGACAGGGGGGACAGGCCCUGGAAGUAUUUUGGUCACAAACCAGCAGAAAACUUCAAAAUUCUCCACCCAGGUUUUAUUUCCUACGUGACUCGCAGUUUCCUGCGGUCUCCUCUGCUGAAAGACAUCAGGACUCGUCACCUCUACAUGCCGAGCACCGGAGCUCUGAUGCUGCUGACAGCACUGCACACCUGUGACCAGGUUUCUGCGUACGGCUUCAUCACCAGGAGCUACGCGUCGUUCUCCGAUCAUUACUACGACUCCACCUGGCAGCCUCUUGGAUUCUUCUCCAACCACGACCUCAUGGAGGGCCGGCUCUGGGAGGAGCUGCACCAUCGGGGGGUCCUCAGGUUGUACCAGAGGGAGGGGGGCAACUGA